GACUCUGAACCAAACUCAUCUGCAAUGCCCCUGAACACAUGCGAAUACCAGCUGCUCUUUCUGAUCUGUUUUCUGCUGAAAAGCUGUCAUGCUUUCAGAAACGACGGCACUGAAGUGUUUAGCGGGCAUAUGGUGUCAUCAUCAUCAUCAUCCGACGAGACUCCGAAUAAUGCCUCUUUAAAUCGAGCGCGCAAUGGGGGAAGACGUGCCGACACCCGAGACCCAACCGAACAGCACCAGGUCGGUUGCAGGGAGCUGAGAUCCACUAAAUACAUAUCAGAUGGCCAAUGCACUAGCCUGAAUCCUGUGAAGGAGCUAGUCUGUGCCGGGGAAUGUCUCCCCACCCACCUGUUGCCCAACUGGAUCGGUGGAGGUCUUUACUGGAGCAGACGGGAUGCACAGGAGUGGCGCUGCGUCACAGACCGCACACGCACCCAGCGCAUUAAACUCCAGUGCCAGGACGGCAGCACUCGCACCUAUAAGAUCACUGCUGUUACAUCCUGCAAAUGCAAAAGAUACAUGCGCCAACAUAACGAGUCCACUCAUGCAUCCGAGAGUCCCUCAAAAGAGCAUUCUCUCCAGGACCCUGGGAAGAAAAAGAGCAAAAAUAAAAAUGCAAAGCUUAAGCCUAAAAAUUAACAGAUCUGAGCCAUAACGAUUCAGACUUGACCAAAACAACACUGCUCCUUGAAGGAAAGUGACUUUGAACUACAAUGACAGCGACUUGGAUUGCGACAAGAUGUACAGCUGUUUUUCCUUGGUUUCAGAUGUGGACUCUUGUGUUACUGUGCAUACAUAUAUGCAAAAGCAUUUUUGAGUGUAAAUUGGGAUGUGCACUUUGUAAGUCUAAAAUGAUUUAUGAUUUAUGAAAAAUUAUCAAAAUAUAUAAACAAUGAUUACAUGUGACAGAAAAAAGUUAAAUCUCCAUCAUAUUAGCAAUAUUACAAAUGAACCAUUAUUACUACAGCUGCCCUAAAAGUAUUUGAACAUUUAAGUCAUUCUUAAAAUUGUAUCAAUGUCUUUGCAUUUGAUAACAAAACAAAAAGGUUUGUUGGGUUUUAAAUAAUUUAUAUUAUGUCUGUAGUUAAUGUGAUGAACUACACUUGUGGUUACUCUGCUAGAGCACCUAAGGGUAAAUUAUAGAAACAUCCACAAAACAAAUGGGAUCAGUUGGUUAAAAAUAAAGUCAAGUGAAGAAAAGUGAAGUUAGUUCUGAGGAAAUGUCUUAUGUCAUUUGUGAUAAUUGAUAUUUUGAUGUGUUACUGGUGUCCAAAAUCUUUUUGGAGCCACUGUUUGUGAAUAUUUGCAUUUCAUAUUCAGUACUUUUCUUUUAAAGAAUUACAUCUAUAUAUAUAUUUUUAUAUAAUAGUUAGUUGAUGAACAUUUUAAGUUCUCAUAUAUAAA